CCAGUAACUCAAUGUUAAGGGGAGUGUGUUAUGUAUAUAAAGUGGAGUUUUCAUCUCUUAGCUAGACAGACCCAGCUAUGAAAAGCAAGAGGAGAUUAAUGAAGAGGGACAAGUUUGCAAUUCCCUACUGGAACAAGGUCACUCGUGGACACGGACGACACAGAGGGACUACUGGAACCAAGAGGCACUGACAAGUUGAUAGAUAUCAACAGCAAACGUAUUAUUAUCUAAUUGCUUCACACAGUUGACAAACUCCAGUUUUUCUUUUUCCUGUAAGAUCCGAGGUUCCUGCCACUACCACACUGUGCUCAUCCCUGCUAGUCUCUUGCCAUGGCUGAAGUUGGUGGGUUUCUAGCCUCUCUGGAUAUAGAUUUGCAUGGAUUUUCUUCAUCUCUUGGGAAUGUGCCUUUAGCUGACUCUCCUGGCUUUUUGAAUGAGAGACUGGGUCAAAUAGAAGGAAGAUUACAGCGAGGCUCUCCCACUGACUUUGCCCACCUGAAGGGCAUCCUGAGGAGGAGGCAACUCUAUUGCAGGACAGGAUUUCAUCUAGAAAUCUUACCCAAUGGCACUGUUCAUGGCACAAGACAGGACCACAGCAGAUUUGGAAUAUUGGAGUUCAUUAGCUUGGCUGUUGGUCUUGUCAGCAUCCGUGGUGUGGACUCUGGAUUGUACCUGGGAAUGAAUGAAAGAGGAGAACUGUAUGGGUCGAAGAAGCUGAACAGGGAGUGUGUUUUUCGGGAGCAAUUUGAAGAAAAUUGGUACAAUACUUACGCAUCCACCUUAUAUAAACAAUUCUAUGUGGCCCUGAACAAAGAUGGUUCUCCGAGAGAUGGAUACAGGACUAAAAGACAUCAGAAGUUCACACAUUUCCUCCCAAGGCCUGUGGAAGCUUCUAAAAUACCAGUCAUGUACAGAGACCUCUUUCACUAUAGGUGAUGUUCCACAGGUUACUGAUGCUAAUGUACAUAACAGAGACUUACUGUGGCUGGAGCGCUGUUUAAAGCUAUUACUUACCUGAACACACAAUCCUUUUAAACCGUUGUGAGAGGACAUGUUUAAAAGGUUUGUGACCUAGGAGGGAGAGAGAUGGCCUUCAGAAUAUAGACCACUUUUCCUUUUUAUAUUAAAGAGAUGCUUACUUUUGUAAAUAAUAAGACAAUGGGUACUUUGUACCAUUCUCUACCAACAAACCUAUACCACUGGUUACCAGUCUCUGGAACCCAAUAUAAAUAUCCAUUCCUGAUAUUGGUUGAGUUAAAGCCUUCAGUAGACAAGAGGCAAGGCAUAAUGGCCCUUAAUGCACCUUUAUUUACUAAAGGCUUUGAACUGAGAGUAAUGGUACUGUGCUUGAAUGUAAGAGAACAUUAUCAUUGUAAGGGGAUCACUUAUUUGUUCCUUCUUUUCUUAUAAUGAAACUACAAAAAAAGAAAUACACCAAACAAUCCUAAAGCGGGAUUCUUUCUGGAAUCUUUGACAAGGUGAAAUAAGAAGCAUGUGUCAUUAAAGGCACACUGGUGCAGUGGUUUAACAAAUAAAUAGAUCAUUUAAUGGACCAUCAGCUUAUGUUAGAAAUCCACAUGUACAAUUCUAAACGACUGUGAACUAUCACUGAAUCCAUUCACAAGCACAGCGUGACUAGAAGCUGUGGGGAGCUGCUAGUUUGUGGUGUUUGACUUUAGUUAAAUGAGUCAAAAAAACAAACAACACCUCAUUUUUGCUAUAUUUUGGCAAUUAACCCCAAUAUUGGUUGGUGGUUGAUAGAUGGAAGUUAAAAGGUCAACAGUCAAUAAAUCGGCACCAUAGGGUGACAGCCAAUAGGUCAACAGUCAAAAGGUCAAAAUUAACAGGUUAACAGGUACAUUAGGUCAACAGGUUCAAAAUGUUGACAUGAAAAUAGUCGACACGCAUAUGGUCGACGCGUGUUUUUAAGGAUUUUUUUCCAUGUUUUUACAAAUUUUACUGCAUUUACUGUCUGUGUCACAAACUAUUACCUUUAGUAACCUUACAGUGAGUGAAACGGAAGUGAGCCACCAUGCCCGAAGUGUGGCGAGCAAAGCAAGCCCGCCAGGAGACGCAUUUCUACAAAUUUGGAUCAAAUAUGUUUAAGAACACAAAAUAACACCAACAAAAAGAAAUGUCAACCUUUUUCAUCUCAACCUUUGAACCCUGUUGACCUUUUGUACCUGUCAACCUUUUCUACUGUCGACCUUUUAUAUAUCAACCUUUUGACCCUGUCAACCUUUUGACUCUGUCGACCUAUUGACUGUCGACCCUAUGGUGUGUUGACCUAUUGACUAUAGACCUUUUAAAUGUCACUCUAUUAAUCCGCACCCCCAAUAUUACACCGUUAUUCUCACUAGUAGCUUUCCUCAGCUUCACAUAAUCCUUUUCUAACCACAUACAUACAUACGUGUGUGUGUGUGUGUGUGUGUGUGUGUGUGUGUGUGUGUGUGUGUGUGUGUGUGUGUGUGCGUGCGUACAUACACACACACACACACACAUACACACACAUAUCUAAUGUGCAUAUUUACGCAUUGAUGAGGUACAUACCUCUUAGACAGAUGGUUCAGCCUGGAAACUCUUAGAGCACAGCCUGCCAUGUAACACGCAAUGUCCUGCACCAUCUAUUGUAUUUCUUAGGUUGCAGGAAUUAGGUGUAAACAGUGCAAUCAACAAUCCAUACAGCAGGCGCUCAUCACACCGUUUGCCUAAGAGACAAGUACUCCAUUUUUUUUGAGGCUGUGCGUAUUCUAUACUACAGUAAAUUGAAUUUAACAGACCCACUAAUCAUUCACAUAUGUAUGUGUAUUUAAUGUAGGCACUUAAGAUAAGGCCAAAAAUAUUGUUCUGAAUGUUUAAAAAAAAUUGUUUAUUGCAACGUUGGAUAUACAGUAUAUGUCAACAUAGUACCUGUAAAUGACAGGAUGGACGAUUGGUCAUCACCAUUGCCAUCCCAUCGCAGAGAAUCUACAACAUAACAAAACCAAGGAACUGACCAUCCUUUUGUAUCCAAUGGUGACCUGCACAUCAUGCGGGCAAUGUUCUCCUGAAGAUACAGCUAUGAGGAACCUAAACCCCUGAACUCACGAUGCUCCUGUUUUCAAGGAACGUUAUAUAGAUGCAAGCAUAGAUACUGUGCAUAAGGAUGAAAAGUAUUUAUAAAAUGUAUAUGAUAUUUAUUUUAUAUAUUUAUUUAUUUCAAAUAAUUUUAUUUUUAAUGAGAGAUGCCUAUGACCAGAUUUUUCAUCAGGAGGAGAAAACGGUCCUACUGACACAUUAAAGAAAUUAAGAAUAAUUUUGAGUCUU